UUUACAGCAUCAACACGACACCAAAUACUCCAAAGGAAUACGGCGCCAUCAAGCCUUUGAAUAUGCCCUUCACCGUCCCUUCCCACAGCUCAAACUCCAUUGUUAUGUAUAUAUUCUAAACUCGUCCAAACGCUCCGCUCUCUCAUCUUCUUCUUCCCCUCUUUGGCUCGACCGGGUCCGUCGCACCUCGGCACCGAUGUCGCUCGAAGAUUCAGAUCCCAAUUCCGGCUCCGAUCACGUCCUGUGCUGGCUGGAGGGCUCCAUACCCAUCUUAUCUUCCCUCUUCGAAGAUCCCUACGCCGCCUGCGACCAAUGGUGGAAUCAAACUCAUGAUCUCGUCGACCAAGAUUUUCUUAGCUCCGCUUCUCCUUUCGACAGUUUCUCCGCCGUUGACGCUUCCAACAGAGCAGUCCAAGUAGAACCCGCAGUUCCAGUUAGUCCACAGCCGUGUGAUUCAUCCAAGAAAAGGAAGGUCCCUGAUGACCCAAUCCCGCAGCCGUCUCAAAAUCAGAGAAAGGUCCAGAGCCGGCCGGUUGACGGGACGGACGACGGCGACGCCGUUGUGGAACAGAGGGUGUUACCGAAGAGGUCGGCCGGCGGCAAGAAGGGAUCGAGCAAGGCGGCGGGAAACAACUGCCAUAACGGAAAUUCCAGAGAAGAGCGGUGGGCGGAGCAGCUGCUCAACCCUUGUGCGGCAGCCAUCGUCGCCGGAAACUCCUCCCGCGUCCAGCACCUGCUCUACGUUCUCCACGAGCUGGCUUCUCCGACCAGCGAUGCCAACCACCGGCUGGCUGCCCAUGGCCUCCGGGCGCUGACCCGCUACCUCUCAAGCCCGAUUUCCUCAACAAAACAUCAAUUCUCUCUAAAAUCGUUGAUGAGAUUCGACGAGGUCAGCCCUUGGUUCAUGUUUCCUAACAAAAUCGCCAACAAUUCGAUCCUUCAAGUACUCACCGAAGAAGCCUGCUCGAAUAGUAAUGAACUUCACAUCGUCGACAUCGGAGUCUCCCACGGCGUCCAAUGGCCGACGCUUUUAGAAGCCCUGACCCGCCUUCCUGGCGGUCCUCCGCGACUCGUCCGCCUCACGGUCGUCGGUGCCUCUGCCACCGACAUCCCCUUCGCGGUUUCUCCGCCUGGCCACAGUUACUCCUCCCAGCUUCUUGGCUUUGCUAAAAAGAUGAACAUCAAUUUACAGGUCAAUCUUCUCGAGGAUCACCCAUUAACUAAUCUGACCACCCAAGUCAUCAAUUCCUCUCCCGACGAAACUCUGAUUGUCUGCGCGCAGUUCAGACUCCAUUGUUUGAGCCACCAUAGCCCCGACAACCGAACCGAAUUCUUGAGAUUUCUCCGGAAUCUGGAGCCGAAAGGCGUGAUUCUGAGCGAAAACAACAUGGAUUGCAGCUGCGGAAACUGCGGGGAUUUCAGCGUUGGAUUUCCGCGGCGAGUGGAUUACUUGUGGAAGUUCCUGGACUCGACGAGCGCGGCAUUCAAGGGGCGAGAAACCGAGGAGAGGAGGAUGAUGGAGUUGGAAGCGGCGAAGGCGUUGACGAGCUUGAAUGAGUGGAACGAAGGGAAGGAGAUGUGGUGCGAGAGAAUGAGGAGGGUCGGGUUUGUGGGGAAGGGAUUUGGAGAGGACGCCAUUGACGAAGCUCGAGCUCUGCUAAGGAAGUACGAUGGGAACUGGGAGAUGAGAGUGGAGGACAAGGAUGGGUUCGUGGGGUUGUGGUGGAAAGGGCAAGCAGUUUCCUUUUGCUCACUGUGGAGGUUGGAUUGUGAGAACAAAUCGCGGUUGUAGCAUUCUUCUUCUUCUUCUCCGUCGUAUCUGCCCACAGGCUGUUCCCUGGCUUACUGGAUACUAUUUAACAUCUGUGCGCAUAUUUGUUGAAUAAGAGGGUGUUUGGCUUUACCGAUUCGCCCACUUAUUUUUUCAA